AUGACAUCGGAAACGGCGAGGGAGGAACCGGUUGCAAUUGUUGGGGUAGCGUUUCGCUUACCAGGAGCGAACGAUGGAGCCACAUUGUGGAAAAAUCUAAUGAGCAGGACCGACUCGGUGGGCGUGGUCCAAUCGAGUAGAUGGGCAAUUGAGAAAGGUUGUCGUGGGCUCAAGGAUGAGGAAAAAUCUGUUCGAGCUGGCUUCAUUGAUAUCGACGUGGACAAAUUUGACUCAACUUUUUGGGGAUUGUCGCCACUCGAGUUAGGUUUCAUUGAUCCGCAGGCACGGCUCCUGCUGCAGUUAAGCUGGGAGGCUCUGGAGAACGCAGGAAUUCCAUCAAAAUCACUUCGUGGAACUGCGGCUUCUGUGCUUGUUGGCACUUGGAGGGAUGAGUAUAAGGACCUCAUCUUGACUGCUGGCACAACUGAAGGAGGGGAGGAGGUACGCCGUUACCUUGGAUGCUCAACCGGGAACUCGGCGGCAAGGAUUGCUCAAUUUUUUGGGACAAUAGGUCCAACCGAAGGGAUUGAAGCUGGAUGUUCGGCAUCCUCAUGCGCAAUAGGUGCUGCAGUGCGACAUUUGCGAGCAAAAAGGACCAACUUGGCCCUUGCUGGUGGAGCAAAUCUCAUCCUGAAGCCCUUCAAGGCGUGCUAUCACCUUCUGGUAGGUGUAAGGUGUUUCAAGUUGAUGCUGAUGGUUUUGCGAGAGCUGACGGAGGGAUUAUCUGUCUUAAAGCGAGUUACGGAUGCAAAACUAGAUGGUGAUAACAUUCUCGGAGUUAUUAGAGGCUAUGGAUCUUCGCAAGAUGGUCUCAGCCGAAAUGUUGGCACACCAACCGUUGACGGAGAAGCUAAAGCUAUGCUUGCCGCCCUUGAAGACGCGGCAUUGACACCGCAGGAAAUUGGAUGGAUUGAAAUGCACGGAACCGGUACAAUGGUUGGUGACCCCAUUGAGGUAGCAGCAACGCGACUAGCCUAUCAAGUCUCGUCAGGAAAAAGAUCGAAUCCACUGAUCAUAACUUCUAUCAAAGCUAAUAUUGGACAUACCGAAAGCGUAUCUGGAGCUGCCGGGCUGCUUAAGGUUCUUUUAGCAAUGAAAUAUGGGUCAAUACCACCCCAACUUCUCACUGCCGACCUCAAUCCCUUAAUCAAUUUUGAUGGACUACUAAUACCAAAGAUAGCACAAGAGUGGAAGGGAUCACUUGCCGGAGUGUCCUCCUUCGGGAUCACUGGUACGAAUACGCACCUGAUCUUGGAGCGCGUCGUUCCACUAGCAGCGUCAAAAACAGAUCCAGCUUUAAGGGAACGUACGCCACUCUAUAUACUUCCAUUCUCAGCCAAGUCUGCUGGCGCGCUUAAAUGCUUGAAAAAGAAACACAUACAGGCUUUGGAAUUGUUUGAAGAGCAAGAUGGUGACGACUUACUAGCAGCCUACUGUUACUCGGCAUCCACUGGUCGGCAUCAUUUCGACGAGUAUCGCUCAAUUGCCAUUGGUUGCAAUCGUGCUGAACUACUCCAUGCUCUUCAAACAGAUUCGAAGUCAGGCAUCGAGGCACCGAGUCAAAUCAAGAAUAAAUCUAUCAAAAGAACUGGACCAACCCCCAUUUCAUUUCUUUUCCCUGGUCAUGGUUGUCAAUAUGCAGGAAUGGGAUUUGAGUUGUACAAUACAUGUUCCACUUACCGUCGUUACUUCGACGAAGUAAACUCCCAUGUGAUUAAUAUCGCAGGCAUCGAUCUGCUCGAAUGGUUACAGGACGAUAAAGAUAAACCCGUUUAUCCUGUGCUAUGCAUCUUUGCUCUGGAGUACUCACUUCUCAAUAUGUGGAUGGAGUGGGGUGUAAGACCCAACUUGUGUGUUGUUGGCCACUCAUUAGGAGAAGUAGCCGCCGCUACAGCUUGUGGUGUGCUAAGUCUUGCUACCGCAGUGCGAUUGAUCGCGUCACUACGACAAAAUGUGAUGGAUGAAAUGGGGCCAGGGCAGAUGGCCGUUCUAAUGGCUGACGAGUCAAAGACAUGUAGCAUGAUUUAUGAAUAUACAAAGAAAUACAGGAUGGGGAAGCUUGGAUAG